AAAAUAACCAGAUCCUUUUCAUGAAAAUUGUUUCUGGUUUUGGUUUGUCUCUCUUAUUCAGAAUUUGAGAAGGUGGUUUUUAUUUUUAUUUUUUUUUAAUCUAGCCACUGACUUUGACAUUUAUCUCUGUCAAGUUUUGUCUUCUUGAUUUAGUCCAUCAUUCUAGCCUGACAAGAUGUUUUUGAAUUUAAAUUCUCAUCUUUUGUGUUAUAUAGCAAUCCCUAUUAAAUUUGUCAUUUACAAAUUUAAUAAACAUGAGAUAUGGUUGUGUCAUGUUGAGCUAUUAGUGCACUCAGACAAAAACCACUUACUCCCUCUCUGUCUGCUGCUGCCUUGUCUCAUAAAUUUUCUCUAUCCAAAUAUAAAGUUAUUAUUUAAUGGUAUCUAAAAAGGGAAGAAAAAAAAACAAGACCCUUUCUCUGAUAUCCCCUAGAAUAAACAAAGAAAUUCUUCCCUGGGCUAGUUUUUUUCUCUCUCUCUCUCUCUCUCUCUUAAGCUUAAACUAUAAAUAAAAAUAAAAAAUUAAUAGCCAUGUAACUUUUUAACAGUAUUAUAUACUAAAUACAUACAAGCAAACUAUUAAACAUGAUGUUAAAUAUAAUGAGAUUUAUAUAUAGAAGCACUCUGCACUCUGUGAAAGCAAAAGAAAGAAAAGCUGGAAUUCAUAACAAUGGCUAUUCAUCUCAUUUUAUUCCUUGCCACAUAUUCAUUUUUUUCUCUCUUCCUUUCUGAUUCAAACCUCAUCUUCCUUCAAAUCUGAGAGAAUGACUCUUUCUUUAUGUCACUCAAACCCUCCAAAACAAAUUAAAUUUUCCUGAACCACUCGAAUUCUCCUUAGAAUGUCUAUUAAUGGACUAGUCUGAUAGAGUCUCUGACAUGUUUAACAUCAUACAAGGAAACCAAUUAUUUUGAAAUAUAAUUAUAAAAAAAGUUCAAUGACCUUAGGUUAAACAUCACUGGUUGAGCCCAAGGAUUCUCUAUCUACUAAAAAGUCCUCCAAAGUCUCUGUGAUUAUAAAGGAUUUGGGAUUAGAGUUAACAGUAUCCAAACUCUAUAAUCCUUGGUUUUGGUAACCAACUUGAAGACCUUCUUGAAAACUGAUAUUAAACCAUUAAUGACUACUCUUUGAAUCAGGGAAGUGAACAUUUUUCCAUCUCUAUCACAAGAAUGGCAUGAAAAUUUUUUCAAAGGCUUUGCUACGUCUGAGUCAGUUAUAUGUAUGUCAUUCCUCUGAUCUCUCAAUUUAAUAACCCUAUCAAGAAAGUAAAUAAAGAGUAAAUAAAGUUAGUUUGGCAGGCCUUAUUAAUGAUUUUUUUAAAAAAAUUAUUGUUUGUCCAUCUCCAGAGAGAGUACUUAUGAACUCUGAGUGCAAAUCGAAAUAUGGUUUUCUCACUCUUUGCUUUUUGUUUUGAAAUAUGGCUAAUAUGGAAAUGUUUUGCAUGACCUCAUAUUCAUAAUUAAUAUGUUGCUUGUCUUCAUAUUUGGAGGAGGGAAUGGGAGGGAAGGAGAGAAUCCGGAAUUCAAAAUUAAAAAAAGAAAAAUGUCAAAAACAGAAUUGUUUAUAACUUCUAGAAAUGCAAGCCCCCACAGCUCCCACUGCACCUAUAGAUGAUACAGAAAAACCACCUAAUCCAAGACCUGAAGAUCCUCCUUCCUACUCUUCUCAUUAUCAACCAGGACCUCCUGGCCCAGUUGGCUAUCCCACUCCAGGCCCUGGCCCCAUAGGCUUUCCAGGCAUGAAUCAACCUGGUGGCUUUUCCAUGUAUCAAAGUGGUGGCCCACCAAUUGUAUAUCAGCCUGGCAUCAAUGCGAACCCAAAUCAACCUCAGGUAUCAUGGAUGCCAGGACCACCUCCAAUCCCAAACUGCCCCCCUGGUCUGGAAUACCUAUCUCAGUUAGAAAAAAUAAUGGUUCAUCAGCAGAUUGAAGUGCUAGAGUUAAUGACACGUUAUGAAAGUAAUAACAGAUAUGAAGUUAAGAACAGCUUGGGACAGAUGAUAUACAUGGUAGUUGAGGACACUGAUGACAUCACCAGAAAUGCAUAUAAAUCAUUACGUCCCUUUGUUCUUCGGGUCAUGGACUGCAUGGGUCGAGAAAUCAUGAGAAUGCAGAGGCCCUUUAGGUGCACCUGUUGCUGUUUUUGUUGCUCUUGUGCCAUGCAAGAGAUGGAGGUUCAGUCUCCUCCUGGUGUGCCUCUUGGCUAUAUCAGGGAACACUGGGGCUGCUGUGUUUCAAAAUUCAGGGUUGAAAAUGAGAAGAAUGAGCAUGUUCUGAAUAUCGAUGGCCCAUGUGCACCUGUUAACUGUGGCUCAGAUGCUAUUUUUCAGAUUAAAUCAUUGGAUGGAACCAUUAUUGGAAACAUUUGUAGACAGUGGCCAGGCUUUCUACGAGCAUCAGUAGCAGAUGUAGACAACUAUGAGAUUACUUUUCCAUUGGAUCUUAACAUAACAAUGAAAGCUAUGGUUUUUGCAGCUUGUUUCCUCAUUGAUUUCAUGUUUUUUGAAAGAUCUCCGGCAGAUGACUCUCGUCGCACCCAUCACCAUCACCGUUGAUGAUACUAGUAAGAAUAAUAGAAUGUCAGAGUUGGAAGGGGACAUAGUGGUCUUUAGUGAAAUCCAUUAUGAGCAGAAUCAUCAGAUAGACCAUUCCCUGGAAAUGGCUAUCUAGUCUCCAUGUGAAGACUUUCAAGUGAUAACAUUGUACCUUUAAGAAAGACCAUUCCAUUUUUGUAACAACUCUGAUUAUUAAGAAGUUUUUAGUUUGUAUGGUAUUUUUUUCUUAAAUGGGAUUGAAUAUUGAUUAGAUUCUCUGUAAUUUCCACUCAGUAUUCCUACUAUUACUUUCUAACAGAAGGGAAAACAUGUCUAAUUUCUCUUCUAAAUGACCUAAAAUUUUUUAAUUUUUCAAAUACCUUUAGAAAACUAUCACAUCAACCUCCCCUCCAUGAACUCCCUAAAAGAUGGGUCCUUCAUAUUCUUGGCUCUGUUAAUAUUAAGCAGCAUUGUAAUAUCACUGUCAUUGUCCUAUAUGUGCUCACUUUGGGGAAAGUCUUUUCUAUCAUCUUGGUAACAUAUUUGAUGCAUUUAGUGUCAAUAUUUCAUCAAAUCUUUAUAUUAUCCUUGGCUUUCCUGUGACUUGUUAUAAUCUUCUUAGGUCUGUCUUCUAUUGUUUUUCUUCCAUAUUCUUUGAAAUAAGAUGUUUUGGGGAAAAUGGAGGCUUUAUUAUUUCUAAAUGAUAACAUUGAAACUAGCACUCCCUUCUUCCUCCCUUCCACCCCCCAAAAAUAGGCUUUCCCUUUGGAGUUUCCUAAAAGUUAAUUCUAUGGCAACCAUAACAUACAAUUCUAGCAUCCCUUGUAUAUCAUAUUAUUAUGGAUCUAUGAUUGACAUACUCUCUAUAUUGGUACAGAUGUCAACCCUUUUCUGUGUCUUUAUAUGUUAAAUGAAGGGGUUAUAUCAAAUGACCUCUUCCAGCUCAAGAGCUAUACUCUUUUGAUUCUCUUGGAAAUCCUCUGUGUAGAUUCCAUUUAACAUGCUGGGGGCCUUCUGUCUCAUAAUAUUGACUUUGUGUAGGUGACAGCAUUGUUACCAUGUAGCAGCCUCCCUCUUCUUCUAGUUAUGUAUCUCUCUGAUGAUUUCAUUUAUUCUAUAUAUUUGUUGGUAACAUAUUAUAUAUUAUAGCCUAUUCACAAUAAAUAAUAUAGCCUUAUGCCUCUCCAUUGCCUUAUAGAAAAUAGCAAAAUUUAAUUCUUCAGAGACUGUAGUAUCCUAAGACUCUAGAUUGGUUAACAUACACAUGGAUCCUUCUUUAGGGGAAAGUUUGUAGUCAAUAAAAGCACAAUACAGUUGGUCAAAGACAAGUCAGCCCAUUUUUCCUCUUCUUUAAAUCUGAACCCAGUUCAUUUUCAAUCAACUGCAAUUAUCCGGGUUCCAUAAAUAAUGAUCAGUUUUAUGGAUUUUUCACCUAACCUCACAUCAUUGAUUAGACAAAAGGCCUUUAUCAAAAACUUUAUUUUUUUGUGUGUAGAUAUCUAUGACAAACUCUUGAAUCAAGGAGUUUCUUUACACAUGGAAAUCUCCAUCAUGGCUAAAAAAGCUCUGCGGAUCCUCUUUUUUCUAAUAAACACAAUAAAAUUUGUUUCUUUUUAAAAAUACCUUCAUCAAGGAUACUUGUGAUCCUUGUUUAGACCAUUUUUAAAAAGAAUGUAUUGAGAUGAAAAUAAAACCCAGCCACAAUGUGAAGCAACAAUCAAAAAAAAAUCUAAUGUGAUCUUGAGCUGAAUUUAAAAGGGCAUAAUUUUGAUAUCUAUUCUUUUAACCAUUUCUUUUAUUUUCAGUGCAAAUAACUUUGUUUUUUUUAAUGGAUUAAGUUAGAACUGACUCAUCUAUGUGACAUAAUAUUUUAUAUUUUAUUCUUCAUUCUAAUUUAAAAUUGAUUUUUUUUUUGCUUUAACAAAAUUGUUCUUUUUUAGACCCAAUUAUUUUUUUUUCUUAUAUUGGUAAGUAAGUUCCUGCCAUUUCAUUUUUAUGAAUCAUUUGGUACUAACUGAGACAUCUUCUAUAGUUGUUCUUAAAGAAAAUAUUUAGGACAAAUAGAAGCACAGUAAAAUAAAGUGUUGGCUGUAGGUUCAGGGAAACUUGAUUAAACAUGUGGCAAAGUGGAGAGAGUGCAGAUCUUAGACUUCCUGACAGCUGGGUUUAAACCCUCCCUUUGAAACUUACUAUUUCAUCAUGAGUAAGUCAUUUAAACUUUCUGAAAUUUAAGGAAACUUUCUUUAACUUAGCAUUUGAGUUAUAGGUAUAUUUUGAUGUGUAAUCAGUGUUCCACCGCUGAAAGCAAAUGUUUUUGAGAUGUUACCAUGCUAUUUCUUUUUUUUUUUUCUUUGUACUCAAGAUGUAAUUCCAGCAAUGCAUUCAUUUGCCUCUCCAAGAUAGAUAUUCUUCCAUUAAGCUUCAACUUCCUUUUGACCUCUGGUUUCACUGGUUGCAAGAAUGUCAAGAUUGAUGUGGAAUGUCCAUUCAUUUACCACUAGAAAGGAUUUUGUAUCUAGGGUAAAAUCAGCCAAGUUAGUAUUAAUAGCUAUUUUAAAACAUUAUGAUUUGACUAUCAUGUAUGCCAUUUUUACCUAUUUUCCAUAAUUAACACAUACAUACAUAUAUUUUUAUUUAACAUUGCCAUUCAGUUAUUACAUUAUAUGAGUUUUUAAAUUAGAGAUUGGAUGUUGAAGAGUAAAGAAUGUGGAAUUAGGAAUCUUGGCAGUGAUACUAAUUAGCUUUGUGACUUUGGCCAAAUCAUUUCUCAUUUGGGGGCCUCAGUUCCCUCUUCUAUAAAAUGAGAGAGUUAGACUGAUUGCUAAAUUGCAGAAUCAGAGGAGAAGGAUAUUAUAUGUUUGCAUUAUUGAUUUUUUUGAAAUUAAGCAUAGGUCUUUAUAUUUAGGACUUAAUAUUUCUUCCCACUAGAUUUCAUAUUCUCAUGUUCAGGCCAUCAUUUUAUUUGGAUCCAAAUCUUUUACCCAACAACUUAGCUUUCUUUUCAGGCUUUAUGUCAUCUGCUUAUUUGAUAAGCAUGCCAUUUACAUCUUCAAGACAUUAAUAAAAAUGAUGAAUAGGGCAUCACUAAAAGUCGAGCCCUGUGGCUCUUCACUUUAAAUGUCUCUUCAGUUUUGAAAGACGAUAAUGGAUAAUCAUAAUCUCUUAAAUUCUGCAGAUUCACAAUCUCUUGGAACAUUAUCCUCUCUCUAAAAAUUAAAAAAAAAACUUGUUUUGGGAGAACUAUUUCAAAUUAUCUGCAUGAGGAUUAGUUACUCCACAGAUUAUUUUCAGUGACUUCAAGUCUCUGAAACCUUGAAAGAUAGCCAAACUAGAUUUUAGCUCUAAUAAAAGAAGGGAGCUUAGAAGGGAUGGCAGUUAGGCUACGCAAAAUUAGAGUUAUUUAUAAGUGUGUGUUUGAACAUGCCCUAGUAUGGCUCUCAGUCUCAGUUUUAUUCCUCUAGGAUAAAAUAGGUUGCAAAAGGUUCAUACCAGAGAGCUGAGACAGUUGUAACCUACUUAAAAAUGAAAGGAAUGGCACUAUAGAAAUAUCCACAUGUACAACAUAGAUGGAAUUCUAUCAGCAAAAGUUAGAGAAUAGUUAGGCUGAUAUUGCUUGUGGAGAGAGGUAAAAUUACAAAGGUUGAUAAUGUGCCAGAUGUUAGAAAUAUAGGGGGGUAUGACUCAAAUUUAACUUGGAGGUAUAAAUUUAAUGACCCCACAAGCUUCACAUAAUUUUAACAGGAGACUCUUUCUAUUAAUAAACAUACAAGUAAAAAAAUAAAUUGACAAAAGUCCAACAAAAAGAAAUGGAAUGACUCAAACAGAUCCACAUAUCUGGGGGAGGGAGAGGGCAGACUUAGACAAUGGCAUUUUAUAAAAAGAUUAUUAAUAAUUAAACAUGAAAAAUAUGAAAUGUUGAACAUAAACUGCUUGUGGAAGGCAACCUCAAAAAUAAAAGAGGAAGUAAAAGAUUCUUUUAAAAAAACUAAUAUUUAUUUCACAUUUGGAUGGAUUGAGACAGGGAGAAGUGAGCUUGAUAAGAAGUAUGUUUUAAAUGUAUAGUCUCACCUUCACCCACAUUUUUAUGCAUCUUAAUAUUUCUAAUUAGGAAGUAUAUCCUUCUAAAGUACUUUGGUACAUAGUAAACACUUAACAAAUAACUUUUCAUCUAUUCUUUCUUUCUUUCUUUGUAUGUGUACAAGUUCAUAUUACAAAGUAAAUAACAGAUUCAUUUUAUAUUAUUUAAUGUUUUAUACUUCCAUGCAUCCCUUAAUUGUAACACAUUAGCUGAGGUAAUUAAGAUUUGAACAUAUAGAACAUGUGAAAUUAAAAUUAGAACAAGGCCACUAGUAAGAUAAUAAUUGGACAGGAUCUAUCAAUAACUUUAUUGAAGUCACAACACACACACAUAAACACACACAUUGAAUCUCUUUACAUAUAUAUGUAUAUAUAAUCUGUCUCUUUACAUAUAUAUGUGUAUGUAUAUAUAAAAGAGACAGAGAGAGAAGGGUGGUGGGAAAAGGGAGGGAGGAAGGGAAGGAAGGAAAGAGAGAAGCCAUGACUUUUCUGGACUUUUUUUUUCCUGUCUCAUUAAUCUACAAGCAGUUAGUAAAUUCUCUGUGCUAGGUCCUCUGCUAGGUGAUAGGAAUCCAAAAAUUAAAAGCAAAAGAUUGCUCUUAAGGAAUUAUACACUAUUAAAAAGAUACUAUAUACAUAUCUAUAUAUCUAUAUGUCUAUAUGUAAGUAUGUAAGUAUGUAUACCAACUCAAAUAAAUACAAUACAAAUACAAUGAAGAACUUUAAUGAAGUGAUCGUUAAGGUUUAAAGUCUCUAAGGUCUUCCAGCUUGAAUAUUCUAUGAAGCUGAUUGUUUCUCAUUUGAGAUGAAAUAGGCAAGCUGAUUUGCUCUCUUUCUACGAGGAAACCCUGCCAAUCAUAUUGUUAUUUUGGUAAGUGAAUUCAAGUUUUAUGCUGCAGUUUAAAAUGCAUCAUUUUAUAUGACCCUUAAUAAAAAUUCAAUGCAGACAUGUGUAUAUACAUACAUAGACACAUGUGUGUAUAUAUAAACAUAUAUAUACACACAUAGUGUGUAUAUAUAUAUCUAUAUAUGUAUGCAUAUAUACACACACUCACACACACAUACAUAACUUUUUUUUUAACAUUGACAUUCAAUUAUUACAUUGUAUUAGUCUAUCUAGAUUAGAGAAUAGAUUGCUUAGAGGAAAGAGUGUGGAAUUAGGAAUCCUGGUUGUGAUUCUAAUUAGCUUUGUAACUUUAGCCAAAUCACUUCUCAUUUGGUAACCUCAGUUUCCUCUUUUGUAAAAUAAGUUUUAGACUGAUUACUUAAGUCCCUUCCAGCUGUACAAGAAAAAAAAAAUCAACAAUAGCUGAAACUCAGGAAAGCACUAUUGUUUUACCUUUAGCAAUAGUGAGGAAUAGUGGAAAAGUCAGAAUUUUUGUGAUUGAAUAGCCUGGAUUUAUAUCCUAGAUCUACCACUUAACAUUUAUUUGAUCUUGAGCAAAUUCUUUACAUGUAUGGACUCACUUUGCUCCUUUGAAAAAUAAGAGCACUGGAUUAACCUAGGUCAAUACCUUGAUAUUUUCCAAGGUACUUUCUACAUCUAAACCACAAGAUUGCAUAGAUCAACCGUAGGAUCAUGUCAAGAUCCUUAUCAAUUAUUUAGUCAUCUGUAUCAACCGAUAAAAACCACACUGAACAGAUUGAGGACCUUUUGCCCUGAAUUAAUUUAUUCUGCAUUUUGAUCUAAGUAUAGAUCAAGACUUUGUAUACUUAUAAUACUGCUAUUGCUUAGAUUCAGAGUGAAAAGAAACCUUGGAGGUCAUCUUAGUGUAACCUAUAUUUUACAGAUGAGGAAACUGGAUCCUAGAGAGAUUGAGGCAUGCUUCAGUGUCAGACAGGUAUGAAAUGGCAGAGCUUAAAUUUUAACCCAGGGCCUGUAAUGCCAAGUUUGUUGGACUUAUUGCACUACGAUAAAUCCCUUCCCCUUUCUUUUUCAAAGUAAAAUAAAAAGUGUAUACUUUCAAAAAUAUUUUCUGCUUAAUACAGAAUAAUAGAUUACAGUUUUAUAGUAUUGUUUUAGUUAUUCCUUUUAAAUAUUUUUAUUGAUAAAUUUUAUUUUUGUAUCCCACGUUCAUGUCCAAAUGUCUUUCCCCUUUCUCUAUUCAAUUAACCCAGAUACAGCUUUCUAGAAAAACUAACCAACAAAUAAACUAUGCCAAAUAAUCUAUGUAAACUAUAUUUUAUUCUUUACUUUUGUGAAGUUAACUCAUCAUAUAUUUCUUUAAAAAAAUAGAAAAUUAUAAUGCAUAUUUAACCCUAUAUUACUUAGCUUUAUGGAACUCAUGUACUAUUAUUUUUAAUAAUGAUAUGUUAAAUGGAAAAGUUAUUGUGAAGUAUUAAUAUCAAUAAAAACAUCAGAUUAUAUUGUCAGAAUUCUUCACCAGAGGCUAGUGCCUUAUAUUCUAAAUGCCCUUUGGACUUCUAUGUAGAAGAUGUGAGAUUUCUAAUUUCUGUGCGGUAUUAUUAGAAUAACUUAUCACUUGAUUACAUUGCAUUUCAAAGUCCUUCCAUGUGUAGGAUGCCAGUUAAUGUUCUACUGAUCAUGUAUACAUUCCUCAUUGUGUGUUGGAAAUGUAGAAUUGCUUAUUUGGAAUAAACAAGUUGGAUUCCAUUCUCUGAAA